AUGCACGAAAAUACUGUAUGCUAUAAAAUAGUGGAAAAAUUUCCUGAAUUUAAUAGAAUUAUAGAAAAAUAUAAAACAUUUAAUCCUUCUGAUGGAAUCAUAUUAAAGUGUAUGGGUAAUGUUCUUGAAGAAUUUCCUGAAGAUUUUGCACAACAAAAUAUUUUAACAUGUUUUAAGGCUAUUUCAUUUUUAAAUGACAUACGUACUCGUCAAGGUACAUUAUUUGAAGAAACAUAUUGCAAAUACUUGUACUAUUGGAUAUACCAUGAACAUAAGAAAAAUGGUAAUGACGCUUAUACCCAAGAUUUUUAUGAUAAUAUAAUUAAGGAAGCUGAUUCAACUAUCUACACUAUAUGCAAUAAUUAUUCUAUUGAGGCAAAAGAUGAAAUGGGAAAACUCAAAGAUGCAUAUGAUAUGCAUACUAUACUUAAAGACAUAGAAUUUCACGUACCACACUGUAAUAAUAAAAGGUGUGAAUGUACCACGAAAUGUUCUAAUAUAUAUAUGAAGUACUUGGAUGAAUGUGUGAGAAAUAAUGACUCGGAUUUUUGUAAUUUUCUAAAAAUUAUUAGAAAUAAGUUUUAUUCUUUAGAGUUACCUUAUUAUUGUGAAACUGAUAUACCUGAUAUAUUAUUAUAUUCAGAAAUUAAAAAAAGAUUAUUGCGUCAUCCUCAAACACACAAUCACAAAAAGUACAUAAUAAUUACCAUUCUUUUUUCAGAAUAUAGUCCCAUAUUAAGCCGUUUAGUAAAAGGGAAAAGAAAUAUGCUAAAUUAUAUGGAUGAAGAGUGGAAUAAAUUGCAAGAACCUGAAUAUUUUAACACUAUGUCAAGAAACAGGAGACAUAAUAUAUUAUAUCAUUAA